AUGAGUUAUACAAAUUGUACUUUUUGUAAUCAAAAGGUACUUUUAAAACAUCCAUCAAGUAGCGGUUUUUAUAAAUGUUGUUUUUGUUAUCAGAAUUUCUUUCCAUUUCAACCAAUUAAACAAAGAUCAUUAAAAAAUAUCGAAGAAUUUAUGAUUAAUAGAAAUGAAAUUACAAAAUAUUUAGGUGGGAUUAUAGGACAAGGAAGUUUUAAAAUUUGUUAUCGUGGCAAAUAUAAAAAUAUAUAUGAUAUUGCUAUUUCAGAAGUCCAAUGUAAACUUGAUAACGUUACUUUAAGAGAAGACUUAAAACCAGAUAAUAUUUUACUUUCCGAUAAUUUUACUACAAAAAUUACUGAUUUUGGAGAAUCUAAAUAUAUGGAAAAAUUUGCAAAUGAUAUAGCAGGUUCUCAACGUGGACAUCAAUAUUUUAGAGCGCCAGAAAUUAAUGGAAAUUAUUAUGAUAUUAAAAAAGUAGAUAUAUAUUCAUUAGCUUUAGUUUUUUGGUCGAUAUUAAAUUGGGGGAUAUUACCAGCGCAUGGUAAUCGUUCAGAUAUUUAUUAUUUGAAUAAUAAUUAUCCUUUAAGUUCAAAUAUAAUUCAAAAAAUGUGGCAAACGGAUCCAAGAAAUAGACCAAGUAUAGAAGAAGUUGUUAUUAUGAUUAAUAAUAUUCGCGUUAAUCGUGAAAAAUUUUUUAGAACGGCAAAUUUUUUACAUUAA